CUCGCCGCGAAAUUUGAAUCGCCACAAAACCACCAAACCAAGCUGCAGCAACAGACCAGACACAGCCUUGCUCCAGCAGCACCCUACACCCUGCACCCUGCACCUGCGAGACACGCACGGAGACACAGCACAGCACCAGACAGGGAAGGAUGGACCAGCCCAAGUCACCAGCCCGCCAGCGUCGUGCCGAGGCCAUCAACCUCGGGGAGCUGUCCCGCUCGCGCGACGGCCGCCAGACAACAUACGAGACGCGGAUGGCCAUGCAGCGAGAGCUUGAUGCUGCUCGCACUCAGCUGCACGCGGCAGAGCGGCAAAUGGACGAAGCGCGCCGCCAGGCCGCCGCCAGCCGCGAGGAGUCCUCUCUCUAUCGAUCCGAGAUGAACAGGCUCCAGGAUGAACUCAAGUCGUGCAGGGAUCGGCUGAAUGCGGCCCUGGACAGCCAGCAAGAUCUCAUUGCCAAAAACGCCCACAAGCACGAACUCCUCGUAGAGCUCCAAGCGCAAGCGGGUACGCUUCGUGAUGAUAUCGCCGACAAGAACGCCGUCAUUGCUGGACUUGAGGAGCGCCUGUCACGCGCGCGCCAGGAAGCAGAGGAGGCCAAGUCCCGCGGAUCAAACGCAGAGCGCACCCUCGACACGCAGCUGGGCACUGCGCAUGCUGACCUUGCUGUGGCCAAGGAGCGACUGGCAGCGGCAAACGCCGAAAACGACAGUCUUCGGGCGACAGUGGACGCCCUUCGCGCCGAAUUGCGGGCAAAGGAGGCAUCAACAUACGAUUUGGAAGCAACGGCACACGGUCUUGAGAGCGACCGUGGCACCCUCCGCGAAGAACUCGCACGCACAAGCGAGAGGGCUGCGCGUUUGCAAGAUGACCUUGACCAAACGCGCCAUCAGCUGCAGAUGGAGCUCAACACCACCCGUGCACAGCUCUCGUCUGCAGAGACGCAGCUGCAGGUGUUCCGCAAGAAUGAAACCCAACUCCACGACCGCCUUGCAAGCAAGGACAAGCUCAUUGCCGAGCUGCAAUCGGAGAAAACAAAGGCGGAGGUUGAGCUUGCGGAAGUUCGCAACGAAGCGGCCGCCAAGGAGCGCUCGCUCGAGAAUCAGUUGGAGUCGUGCAAGGAGCGCGAGCGCGUGCUGGCGGAUGAUCUGAAGCAAUUGCACAGAUACAUUGGUCGUCGUGAAGGCUCCUCCUCUAGCAAAUCGGUCACUCGCACAACCACCACCUCCACAGACGAGUCUGUGUACCGCCCGCGAGCGACGCGCACAUACGUGAGCUCGCGCGUGCCAAAUGCUGUUGAGACAACAACGACCAUUUCGCGGCCGCUCGAGACAAGCACAUAUCGGUACACGACGACGAGCUACGGGCACACCACGCCCCACUACACCUCCACCCGCACGGUGAUUGAGCGGCCAGCAGCCGUUGUGGACGACGUCCUUGACGCAUCCCGUCGUGCGCGCCGCCUGGUGCAGCUGUCCCAGGAGCGGGAUGAGGCCGAGCGGCUUGCGGAUGUGACGCGCUCGCGUUUCCGCCGCAGUCUUCGCACCGACUACUGACGACACACGUGUGGCACCUGUGCAAUGCCACAACCACGACACGCCUGUGUGAACGCGUGAGGCUGCUUUGUGUGUGAGUGCACGCUGUCAACAACAACGUGCGUGUGGCACACUCGUAACGGUUCCCCGCCUGCUUACCCGUGUGCAUUCUUGGUUUCGUUGCUUUCCUCUGCCUGCAUUUGCUGGCUUGCUGACCUUACGCCCAACUUGCCUCCAUUUUAGUUGCCCAUUACAACCAUCACCACCGCUCUUCUACAUGUCUUCAUUUCAUGCAUGACCCUCGUGAUACUCUUUCCCGCCGCUUUGUUCGCCAGAGAGACUGCUUUGUUGUGUGAGAGCUGCUUUCGCGCCCACUGCUUCCUUGCUUGCUUGCUUGUGUACAUUUGUUGAUCGCCAUUACAUACGUGACAAGCAGAUA